GGGAUUUAGAACCUGGCUGAGACAGAUUCUCCACCUAUCUGAGGGUCCCUGGGACUGAAGUCCUUAUGGCCUUCCCACUGGAGGCUAGCACUCUGGAGGACAAAUGGGACUCUGAUUUCUCUGCAAUACAGUGGAUACAAUUUGUCAUGGCUACUCUGAGUGUUAUAGGUUCAAGUUCACUUAUUACCUAUGCUGUAUUCCAGAAUACACAGAAGUCUCCAGAGAUAAAACCACUCUUUUACCUGAACUUUUCUGACCUCCUGUUGGGAAUUUGUUGGCUCAUGAAGGCACUUCUUUAUGGAACUUCAACAACACAUAAGGACAUCAUUUGCUAUAACCUACAAACAAUUGGAGAGAUAUUCUGCAUUUCCUCAUUUCUCUACACCAUCAAUUACAUCUGGUAUCUGUAUACAGAGCUGAGGAAGAAACAUAACCAGAGUGGACAGAGCACAUCUCUGCUGGUGAUAGAGUAUUCUUGUCAAAGUGGUCACAUAGCCUUCAUUUUGUCAAGCUUAAUACCUCUGCUAGUGAUGACACCUGUAUUUUGUCUGGGAAAUGCCAGUGAAUGUUUCCACAACUUCAGCCAGAGCCACAGGUGUAUCCUAAUGCACUCACCUUCAUCAGCCAUGACUGAAUUCCUGCCUUCGACCAAUACAUCUGUCUGCAGCACACUUUAUUUUUAUUGUAUCACCAUUUUCCUGAUCAGCUUUUUACUCAGCCUCCUCACAAUUAUGGUCUUACUCAUUCGUGCCCACACAAUGUAUAAGAAGUUUAUGAAAUCGACUUGCUUUCUGGGGAGUGAACAGUGGACACUGAUUCACAUCGUAGAUCAGCGAGUACGUUUCUUCCCAGUGGCCUUCUUAUGCUGCUGGGGCCCAGCUGUAAUUCUUAUGAUCAUACAGCUGACCAAGCCACAGGACACCAAGCUACACAUGGCCUUCUAUGUGCUCCAGGCUCUAACAGCAGCAUCCCAGGGUCUUCUCAACUGUGGAGUAUAUGGCUGGACACAGUACAAGUUUCACCAACUAAAGCAAUCAUCUCGUCGUGAUGCAGAUACUCAGACACCACUGUUAUGCUCACAGAAGAGAGCAUAUAACAGGGGCUUCGAUCCAUGGAGGUCUACCCUUGAAUUUGAUGCCAACUCUUCCACCGUUCUUUGAAACUUUGGAACUGGAACAUCCAGAAAUGAGAUAUUUUCCAUGAGUGGAUUGGGAAGGACUUGGGGAACCACAUCCUCCAUCUCACUACACUCUAGGCUGCUGAACUGAAAGGGAAUAUAAUGUCAUGGUUAGUAGCUAGUCUAGGAGGAUGGGAAGGAUCUCCCAGUUAUU